AUGCCAUCUCAUCCAAGAAUUGCCAUUGUUGGCGGAGGUCCUGCUGGACUGACAAUGGGCGUCUUGCUCUACAAGCAUGGUAUUCCAUUCACCAUCUUUGAGCUACGCGAGCAACCUACCGAGGAAGAGCUGGCUAAGCCAUCUGGGAUGCUUGAUCUCCAUGCAGAAUCUGGGCUUGCGGUCAUCAAAGAGUGUGGUUUGUAUGAUCACUUCAUACCACUCACUGGCGAAUGCGCCGAGGUUUUUAUAGUUGCUGACAGGAAUGGAAAUAUUCUCGCCACGGAUACGGCUGAUGGCGCACGCCCAGAAAUCUCCCGCCACAACCUAACCAAACUCCUUCUUGACAACAUUCCAGCGGAGAGUAUCAAGUGGCACCAUAGACUACUAUCUGCAACCAAGUUAGCCACUCCUAGUGACACCGAAACUGAGCUCGAUUUUGGGACUCAUGGCAAGUACACAUUUGACCUGGUCAUUGGCGCGGACGGCGCGUGGUCUAAGGUCCGAAAGCUACUCACCAACACGAUGCCACAAUAUUCCGGCACGCUCAAUAUCACCAUCACAAUCAAAGACAUAACCAAAAAGUACCCUCAUCUAGCCAAUAUUCUCGGGCCUGGGUCCUUCAGCUCGCUCGGAAACAGGCACGUAAUAAUAUCGCAGCGCGGACCUAUCGACUCGUCCAGGGUUUACCUCUGGCUCACACACCCUGACGAAAACUUCGCCACGUCCUAUGACCUAGCUGGUAAGCCAGCUACAAACGCCAAGGACAAGCUGCUCAGUGAUGACACACUUCUUGGCACCUUCGGCAACACGAUCAAGGAACUGGUGGCUACCGCAUGCGACGAGGAGACGAUAGACAACCCGGGCGCGAGUCUGGACAUCAGAGCGCUCUAUAAACUCCCCCAUGGAAGCUCCUGGGAACACAAAACCGGCGUAACCCUCGUCGGCGACGCGGCUCAUUUGAUGUUGCCAUCAGGAGAGGGUGUCAACCUCGCCAUGAAUGACUCGCUUCUGUUAGCACAUACCAUCAUCAAAGCAUAUGAGACAUCUGGAAAUGAUACCGACUCAUUUCAAAGCACGUUGGAUCCGCUAUUGAAGGAGUUUGAAACCGCCCUAGUCGAACGUGCGAAGCAAGCUGGCGAUGAGACGGACACUCUGUUAGAAAAAAUGUUUGGAUCCGAUGAUGCAGCCCAUGAUUUGGCCAGGCUUUUCCAAAGCGCUGUGCAGCAGCAGCAGGGGUAG